AGGUGCCAGGGUCCGUACAAAAAAACACAAACUAAACUAAACUGAACGAAGAAGUGUCAAAGAGAAGGAAAUGGCUCCCCCUUGGUCGGCACGCAUGGACGAGCUCUCAUGUCCGAUUUGCCAUGAUGUGUUCAAGGACCCGGUUCUCCUCCGCUGCAGCCACAGCUUCUGUAACGCCUGCGUGCAUCAGUGGUGGAGUACGAAACCAUGCCGCCAGUGUCCCGCCUGCAACACGGUGUCUUUGACCACGGCGCCGCCUCGCAACCUCGUGUUGAAGAACCUUUGCGAGGCUUUCCUCCUGGAGCAGAACUCCGGGGUGGUGUGCCGCCUCCACGCGGAGAGGCUCAAGCUCUUCUGCCUGGACGACCAGACGCCCGUCUGCGUCGUCUGUCGGGAUUCGAGACUGCACGCGAACCACCAUUUUAGUCCCGUGGACGAAGCCGCGGAGCCUCACAGGAAAGACCUCCGGGAAUACGUGGCGCGUUCGCGGAAGAAAUUGAAACUCUUCAAUGAAGUGAAACUGGACUUGGAAGAAGUCGACGAGGCCAUUUGUAAUCAAGCUCUCGCCACAGAGACCGAGAUAACUAAUGAGUUCAAUGUGCUUGUGCAGUUUUUGAUGCUGGACAAAGAGUUCAGGGUCGCAGCACUGAAGGAGGAAGAGAUGUGUAAAAGGAAAGUGAUCAUGGACAAGAUUACCGGUUUGACCGAUGAGAUAAUUGCCCUGGAAACCACCAUCCAGACCAUAGAGGACGGGCUGAUGGACGACGAUGACGCGUCACUCCUUCUUAACAUCAGCGCUUUAACGAAAGCCGCUCAGCGCCCCCUGCCGGAUGACCCGGAGCAGGUCACAGGGACCCGGAUCGACGUUGCCAAACACCUGGGUAAUAUGAUCUUCAAUGCCUGGUGCAAAAUGAAACAGAUCGUGUCGUACACCCCUGUGAUCCUGAACCCCAACACUGCCCACCCAGAGCUCCAGCUGUCUGAAGAUUUGACCAGUACGAGGUGUAGAACCGAUCUAGCCCUGGAGAGGAUGGAGGGGCACCGCAGUGCCUUGGGCUCCGAGGGCUUCACAUCAGGGAGACACAGCUGGGACGUGGAGGUUGGGAGCAAUCGCAUGUGGGCGCUGGGGGCCAUGGCACCAGAUGCCCAGAAGAUGGGAGACGUUGUGUCUGGGUUGUGGAUGCUGAGGUUUAAUAAAGGCAAAUUCUCUGCAUUCUCCCCAUCACGCCCAGUGUCUGUCCCACUGAAGGAACGGCCCAGGAGGGUCAGAGUGCAACUGGACUGGGACAGAGGGACGCUGUCCUUCCUCGAUCGGGAUACCGAGGCACCCAUUCACACAUUCACACACAGGUUCACCGACAGGCUGUUUCCGUACAUCAACACCUGGGAUACCCUUCCGCUGAAGAUGCUGCCAGUGAAUCUCACCGUGACAUUAACACGGCCGGUGGACAAUUACCAGAUCAAAGCGGUUUGGUGAUAAACCUGCCAUCCAGCUGUCAAAAAAAAAGGAGAGGAGACUAUCACUUAAUGUUUCUUUUUUUUUGGUGGGGGGGUUCUCUGUGGGGGUCACCAUCAAAGCAACAAAAGUAAUGGGGUGCAAUUAAAGAAGAAAGCUGAACACAACCAAAUGUACACCUGCAAAUAAACCUUGGUUUAUAUUGCAGCAUUAUUGGGGGAAUAUUGUAUAUUAUGUUUCUAGAUUUUUGUAAAAAUAUACUAAAAUAACUUUAUUUUGAAAUGCAGUGUGAGUUACUAAAAUGUUUCUGCAAAACUGAAAGUGAAGUUUUGAUUGAGUGGAUAUAAUAUUUGUAUUUCUCUGCCACACUACUAAGUGCCUUUUAUUAUUAAAAUUCCCUUUAUAUAUGCAUACUUUGCUUGAUAAACUUUUUUUUUUUCAUAUACAAAAUCAAUAAAACACUUGACGUGUGAAUUUAUAAUACAUUUGAUCAGGAUGUGUGAAGGUCAACAACUUACCAGUUGAGCUCUAUUGGUAUUGCUAUUGUUCUAUAACAAAUCAUUGCAUGCAUCUUUCCAAUGUUUGUCAAUCAUACAUCCAUCAUUGGUAUGUGGUUCGACUGGAAAGGUCAUAUCCGGACUAAGUAAAUGUUCAUGUUUUACAACUCAGUCCCUCUUUAUCAUGGCAUGAUGAAGAUGUUGUUUUCGUUCGUGUUGCUGUAUGUCAUCAUAUGAUGAUCAAAUCAUUGCAUGCAUCUUUCCAAUGUUUGUUAAUCAUACAUCCAUCAUUGGUAUGUGGUUCGACUGGAAAGGUCAUAUCCGGACUAGGUAAAUGUUCAUGUUGUACAACUCAGUCCCUCUUUAUCAUGGCAUGAUGAAGAUUUUGUUUCCGUUCGUGUUGCUGUAUGUCAUCAUAUGAUGAUCAAAAAUAAAAACUAAUAUCUGCAUUUGA